AUGCCCAUUUAUAUACUGGUCAUGCACCGUGGCAACCUUGAAUUGUGCUAUUUGGGGGGUUGCCGCAGACGUAGCCGUCCAGCGCCAGACACUCAGCUGAUCCAGCCGGUUGCCGACCGACGCAACGCAACGUCCGUUACGUCGACAGUGCGCUUACGUCAAUAUUCAGCCGUGGUUUUCACGGAAUUGAUCGAAACCCUUCGAUUCGUUCGUCUGAUGUAUGUCAUGUCCAUUCGUUUCGAGAACACCUUGACAUUGUCGCCGACGUUGUUGUGUUGCGCGAUCGUGUAA